AUGGUCCUCAUCGUUGAGCUUGUGGUAUCGGGACUUUUGGCUGCUACAGUGGCUAAUAGUCAGUCAUUUGAUGGAACCACUCGAAGUGAAGAUGCUUUCAGUUAUGUCCAGCCCGAGAAUACAACUAUUCUGGGCCCUUACGGACACUCACCUGCCAUCUAUCCCUCGCCGAAUGCUACUUCGUCAAUCAAUUGGGAGGAAGCCUUCGCCAGGGCCCAAGAGUUUGUGGCUAAGCUGACGGUGGAUGAAAAGGCCGAUAUGGUCACUGGUCAGCCAGGACCAUGUGUGGGUAACAUUGUCGCUAUCCCGCGCCUCGGCUUUCGAGGUCUCUGCUUGCAGGAUGGGCCCCUGGCCAUCCGAGUAGCUGACUAUGCCAGUGUCUUCCCUGCCGGUGUCACCGUGGCAUCUACCUGGGAUAGGGAUCUGUUCUAUGCACGAGGUUACGCCAUGGGACAAGAGUUCAAGGCCAAGGGUGCCCACAUUGCCCUCAGCCCUGUGGCCGGCCCCCUUGGCCGCUCUGCUUACGCCGGCAGGAACUGGGAAGGCUUUGCUGCUGACCCUUACCUGACUGGUGUCGCCAUGGAGAAGACUAUUCGCGGCCACCAGGAUGCCGGCGUGCAAGCCACCGCGAAGCAUUUCGUUGGUAACGAGCAGGAAACUCAGCGGAAUCCAACCUUUGACUCGAAUGGCACCCUCACGGAUGUUAUUCAGGAAUCCAUUUCUUCCAACAUUGAUGACCGGACCAUGCACGAGUUGUACCUUUGGCCCUUUGCCAACGCUGUGCGCGCCCAGGCUGCUAGUUUUAUGUGCUCAUACCAACGUCUGAACGGUUCCUAUGCCUGUGAAAACUCCAAGGCUCUCAACGGUCUGCUCAAGGAAGAGCUCGGUUUCCAGGGAUACGUAAUGUCUGACUGGGGUGGCACUCACUCCGGCGUCGCCUCGAUCGAGGGCGGUCUCGACAUGAAUAUGCCCGGUGGUAUUGGCAUGUACGGUAUGAACCGCGAAGCUGGCUCUUUCUUUGGCAAGAACGUCACCUCUGCCGUGAGAAAUGGAACGGUGGCUGAAUCUCGUAUCGAUGAUAUGAUCAUCCGUAUUAUGACCCCUUAUUACUGGCUCGGCCAGGACAAGGACUAUCCUGAGGUGGACCCUUCUUCCGCGGAUCUAAACACUUUCUCACCUCGUUCCACUUGGAUUCGUGACUUCAACCUCACCGGCGAGAGAAGCCGUGAUGUGCGCGGAGACCACGCCGAGCUGAUUCGCAAGCUCGCAGCUGAGGCGACUGUUUUGUUGAAGAACGAAAAGCAGGCAUUGCCGUUGAAGUCUCCUAAAAACAUUGCUAUCUUCGGAAAUGACGCCGGCGAGAAUACCAUGGGUGCUGUCAACGAGGAGACAUUCGAAUUUGGUAGCCUCGCUGCUGGUGGUGGCUCAGGUACCGGUCGCUUCACUUAUCUUGUCUCUCCACUGGAGGCUAUCAAGGCCCGCGCAAAGAUGAACAACACUCUAGUUCAAUACUUCCUGAACAACACGCAGAUCGCGACUGAGAACGUUACCGAUCUCUGGGUUCCCGAAACCCCGGACGCCUGCCUGGUCUUCUUGAAGACUUGGGCCGAAGAAGGUGCUGACCGUGAAAACCUGUCUGUCGGCUAUAACGGCAACGACGUCGUCGAGUCUGUCGCCAAGUUCUGUAACAAUACCAUCGUCAUCACCCAUUCCUCCGGCAUCAACAUCCUCCCCUUCGCCAGCCACCCCAACGUCACGGCCAUCGUCGCGGCACACUAUCCCGGCCAGGAAACCGGUAACUCCAUCGUCGAUGUCCUCUACGGUGAUGUGAACCCCUCCGGGCGCCUCCCAUACACCAUCGCCAAGAAGGCAAGUGACUACAAUGCCCCGCCCACGACUGCCGUGUCCACAAACGGCCCCUAUGACUGGCAAUCCUGGUUCGAAGAAAAGCUCGAAAUCGACUACCGCUACUUUGACGCCCGGAACAUAUCCGUGCAGUAUGAAUUUGGCUUCGGCCUCUCAUACACUACCUUCAGCCUUUCCAACCUCCAAGCGGAGCCUGUUUCUGACUCGGUUUCUUCUAUCCCCGAAGACCAGCCCAUCCUGCCGGGUGGUAACCCUGCCCUGUGGGAGCCUCUCUACAACGUUACUGUCUCGGUUACGAACUCUGGUGCUGUCGAGGGUGCGACCGUUCCCCAGUUGUACGUCACUUUCCCCGAUAGCACCCCCGAUGGCACCCCACCUAAGCAGCUGCGUGGCUUCGAGAAGGUUUCUUUGGUACCGGGCGAGUCCCAGACCGUCAGCUUUGAGCUAAUGCGCCGAGAUUUGAGCUACUGGGACAUAGUCUCCCAGAAGUGGCUUAUCCCUGAGGGUGAAUUUGUCCUUCGUGUUGGGUUCAGUAGCCGCAGUUUGGAGGACGAGAUGAGCAUUACUCCUGUUUCUUCUUAG